AUGGACAUCACUCAACGCCCCAUGCCAGGGUCCUUUAUAGACGAGGAUCUCGCAGGAUUAUACCACAAUCCCUUCGAAACCCUUCAAGUACUACAAGAUGAAUGGCGCGACAAAGACCACGCCUCGCCAUGGUCAGCAGACAACAUGUCGGACAUUGACCUCGGCGACAUUGACUGGCACAAAUACGAACCACCUGGUGUGCUUCGCAAGGCACCAAACUUCACUUCCCUCAUCCUUCAAGACAUCAUAACGGCCUCCAUAGACAAUGUCAAAGCCCGGGUUGUCCAAGAAGAUCACCAAAAGCAGCUUGAAGAUGAACGCCAUCAAGCCGCUGAGGAAGAGGCUCGCAAGAACGGCAAAUCCCCCGAACCUUAUUUGCCCAUCAUCAUACCACCAGAGAAACCGAUAGAACCCGAUGCCUCGCCUACGACGAUUCUAAACGGUGCAAAUUUGGCUUGUUUUAGCACCGUGUCGGUCACGUCGGCCGGGAAAGCGACCGAGGUGACUGUUGUCAAGGAUGCGGGUCGAAGGAGGUUUGCUAUCCGGAGGCUGUUUCACAGAACGCUGGAGAUGGGUGAGAGUAGUGCGAUGGGUGGUGCAAGGGAGGCGCUAAGGCAGAAGUUGGAGGCGAGACUGAGUAAAGUUGAUAUCGCCAACACGGAUUCCAAGACGCAGGAGGCGCUCAUGGCACUGAGGAAGUCCGGGUUUAUUCAGGAUGCUGAGCUUCCCAAGCCACCAGAGCCAGAGGUGUCAGUAAAGCUUUUCUGCUAUGUAUCUGCCAAGGGGAGGAGGGUCCAAUGCCACAGCUACUGCAAAGACUGCUUCGUCCGACUCGUCACAGCAGCCACGCAAAAUGAGCAACAGUGGCCGCCGAAAUGCUGCUUGAACCAGAUACCCUUCCGACUAGUCCUCAAACACGUACCCGACAACUUGAAGAAGACAUUUCAAGAACGGGCGUCAGAGUGGGAAUUACCCAUGGGCGAGCGUGUGUAUUGCAGCCAGCCCGAGUGCGGUGUCUGGAUCCGACCCAAGAACAUCAAACUCAACAAACGCCAGGGGAAAUGCGAACGCGGCCAUUUAACCUGCACCAUCUGCCGUGGCCCAUCACACGGCAACGAAGACUGCCCUCAAGACUACGACAUGAACCUCACAAACACGCUAGCUGAAGAGGAAGGCUGGAAACGCUGCUUCAACUGCCACGCGCUCGUCGAGCACAGAGAAGCAUGCCAACACAUGACGUGCCGAUGCGGCACUGAAUUCUGCUAUGUCUGUGGCCUACGCUGGAAAACAUGUCGCUGCACAAUGCAGCAGCUCCGUGAUCUCAAAGAGGCAGCCGACGCUCGGCGCGAGAAAAGACGCCUCAAGGAACAGGCUGAAGCAGAAGAACUCCGCGCCAUCCUGGCGCAAAUUGAAGAAUUGGAGCGCGAAGAAGCCGCUCGCGCUGAGCUCGAACGCCUCGAACAGGCGCGGCUAGAAGAAGAACGGUGGCAGCAGCAAAUAAAAGAACGGAUCCGCCUGGAAAGCAUUCGCCGCAAAGAAGUCGAAUCGAAAUUCCGACAACUGCGCCUGCGACUCAACGAUCUACACGAACUACAACAAGCCAUGCUGGAGUCGUAUCAAGAAGACUGUGCCGCGAUGCUCCUCCACGAAGCAGAUGCCAUGAAACUCAACCUCUCGGCGCAUCACGAAAUGCAGCGAAUUGAACUUUUGCAAAAGAUUUCGCAAAAGAUGUCAACGCGAGAGAAUAACUUCAAGAGCGAGUACGCCGCGCGCCUCGCGCACGAACGGAAACUUGAGCAAACGUAUCUUGAGCAACUGCAGGAUUUCUGGAGCGGCAAAGCCAAUGCUGAGGCGGAGAUUGAACAGUCUAUGAUCCCGCUUAGGAGGAAGAUGGACAAGGGACAUGAGGCGUGGCAGAGGUGGAGGGACCAGCAGAUUGGGGUGUACAAGGCGAAACUAGAGGAUGAACAGAUCAUGAAGGAGGAGGUCAUGUAUAGCCAGUCAGAGAGGAUGAAGGAUAUGUGUGACGAGCGGGAGAUGCAAUUGACGAGGAAGAUGGUGGCGGAGAAGAAAUGGUUUCGCGAGGUGGUCUUCGAGAGAGAGAGGUUAUUAGGCGACUGGGAGGUUUCGGAGAUGGAGGGGGACGCGGACAGUCUGUUUAUGAGGGAAGGAGAGCGGGAGAAAGAGCCCGAGCCAGAGAAUUUGAUAUCAUGA